ACACACACACACACACACAGCAGUCGGUGAUUUUGCGCGAAUCAAACCCGGUUCAGAUUCUGUGAACAAACACGCGUGUACUGGAGCUUGGUUCGCGGAGUGAUUCUUUUGGAAAGCUCGUCGGUUUUGCGGAUGAGAUGUUUGUGUCCGUGGCUUUGCUGAUUUUAAUUCAGAGCGCGGCUGUCGUCCCCGUCACCGUCACCAGCCGCAGUCCUGGAGUGGAAGUGCGUGAGUUCUCGGACGCUGAGCUCUCCUGUGAGUUCAAGACAGAAAACGACGAGAAUCCUCGCAUCGAGUGGAAGAAGGUUGACAAGGAUGUGUCCUUCGUUUAUUUUAACAACAGUUUCAUAGGGCCGUUUCACGGCCGCGCGGAGAUCAAGGGUGCGACGGUGCGAUUGCACAAAGUGACUCAGAAAGACGCGGGCAAAUACCGCUGCGAGGUCACCGCUCCGAAGGACCAUGUCUCGCUGGGAGAGGUCAACGUCACACUGACAGUGCUGGUGCCUCCACAAGCGCCGUCAUGUGACGUGCCCAGCUCGGCUCUGACAGGCUCUCUGGUGCAGCUGCGCUGUAGGGACCAUCACAGCAUCCCAGCCGCCGUCUACACCUGGUACAAAGACAACAAACCUCUGGCCAUCAAAAAGCCCAACGCCACAUACACCAUCGACGAGAAGACCGGCGUACUGACGUUCCAGAAGGUCAGCAGAGCCGAUACGGGUCAAUAUCACUGUGAGGCCAAGAACAGGGUGGGACCCGCAAAGAGCUGCUCGGGGACACACAUGCAGAUCGAUGAUCUGAACGUGGCGGCGGUGAUCUCUGGAGUGCUUCUUCUGGCUCUGCUGCUGUUUCUGUGUGCGUUCGGAGUGUUUUACGCCCAUCGGCACGGACUCUUCAGCCAACUGUCACACACAGGACACAGAGGAAGUCAAAAUGCAGGCUACAGUCUUCCUCCCAAAGAACCUCAGGAUUUCAAGCACACUCAGUCGUUCAUGCUGUGAUGAAGCAGACGGAUGAUGAUUGUUGUGACACUGGAGCAACUCAAUCCUCUGGUCAUCAGAAAACCAGACGAGUCCACCAGAGCACCGAACGAACCCCAGUGACCCCGAUGCCUUAAACCAGUCUGAGCGAUGACCUUCGACACGCCGUGCCUUUACUCCAACUCAAUCAUGUCUGUAUCUACGGAGUGUGGAAUGGGCCGAAUUAUUGUAUAUUUGAUCACUAUUUGUGUUUUUUAAUAAUAAAAAUAUCUGCUUUUUGUCUGAA